CCUCAUGAUGCUGACGAGGCAGAGAAGAGUUCCUCCAGAUCAGAACACCUCAAGAAACACCAGCAGAGACCCACAGGGAAGAGAACUCACCGCUGCUCUGACUGUGGGAAGAGAUUCACCUCGUCAGCAGACCUCAAAAGACAUCAGAGAAUCCAUACAGGAGAGAAACCUUAUAGCUGUGCUCAAUGUGGGAAGAGAUUCACCACCUCAUCAGGCAUUAAAAUUCACCAGAGAAUCCACACAGGAGAGAAACCUUUUAGCUGUGCUCAAUGUGGGAAGAGAUUCACCACCGCAUCAGGCAUUAAAAUUCACCAGAGAAUCCACACAGGAGAGAAACCUUUUAGCUGCUCUGACUGUGGAAAGAGUUUUGGUACUUCAGGAUGUUUGAAAUCACACCAGAGGACACACACAGGAGAUAAAUCUUAUAGCUGUGAUCAAUGUGGGAAUAGUUUUACUAAAGCUGGCAGUCUGACUAAACAUCAGAGAACACACACAGGAGAGAAACCUUUUAGCUGCCCUGACUGUGGAAAGGGUUUUGGUACUUCAGGAUGUUUAAAAUCACACCAGAGAACACACACAGGAGAUAAACCUUAUAGCUGUACUCAAUGUGAGAAGAGUUUUACUCAGUCAACCAGCCUGAUAUCACACCAAAGAACACACACAGGAGAAAAACCUUAUAGCUGUACUCAAUGUGGGAAGAGUUUUACUCAGUCAGGUGGCCUGAAAUCACACAAGAGAACACACACUGAGGAGACAGCUUAUGGCUGUACUCAAUGUGGGAAGAAUUUUGUAUCAAUUGGCUAUCUGAAGAGGCACCAGAGAACACACACAGGAGAUAAAUAUUUUUGCUGUGAUCAAUGUGUGAAGAGUUUUGGUACAUCUGGCUAUCUGAAGAUACACCAGAGAACACACAGGAGAGAAACCUUAUAGCUGUGAUCGAUGUGGAUUCUGAUAAACGAUCUGAUAAAACAUUAGAAAAUACAUACAUGAAGGAGUUGUUUCCUGAUAUCAAUUAAAUAAUGUCACAAUGUAGAAUGUUUAUACAUUGUAGUAGGAGUAUUUUAAUGAUGUCACAAUGUAGAACCCUAAAUGUUUGUCCCCUAUUCUAUUGAGUUGGACACGUUAAAACUGUGUUUUGACAUUGGGCUAUCCCACCCUAGCAAAAUGUUAUUGAAAAUAAGACUAUGCCCGACGUCCAGUACACGUUUGGUUUUAGUUGAGAGGAUUUUGUUUUUUCAACGUACUUGCAGCCUGAACACAUGGACGCAGUAUAAUAAAUGGGUCUAUAAUCAAUUUUAUUAUUAAUCCGACAUCACUCCAGUAUUUAUUUACAACAUCAAAGUGCUAAUUGUCUUUAUUCCACUACUGAAGAAGCAUGACUCAAAUAACCUCAUAUUUCAAACAUUCAGUCUGACAAAAGAUACAUAUUUUAUUAUUCCAUGCCUCACCACUGUUAAUUAUUGCCAAUACAUAUUAACAAAGGGGUGUACAUUUGGUAUUUAUAUUUCAUACUUACAUUAGUAAUCAUAUUUAUUUAAGCAACCAACUGACAAUUUUUGGGUACAAUUACAGUUGAAGUCGGAAGUUUACAUACACUUCGGUUGGAGUUAUUAAAACUAGUUUUUCAACCACUCCACACAUUUCUUGUUAACAACCUAUAGUUUUGGCAAGUCGG